AUGGAGCGAAACCAAAUGAACGGUCGGGUUUCACCUUCUAGCUCCCCCGAUUGCGGUGCCGGCACCGCAAGAUCCACGACUUCGCUUCUUCAGCCUAACUACAGCAGCCGAGCUGUUCAAGAAGCUUUGGAACACUUGGCAUCCAUUGAUUUAAUUGAGUUGUGCAGCGAAGCGAAAGUUGAGCGUUGUCGGGCAACUAGAGAUUUGAGAAGUUGUGGGCGCUAUGUUCAAUAUGUGUUGAACUCUUGUGGCCAUGCUUCCUUAUGCUCUGAGUGUAGCCAACGGUGUGAUCUUUGCCCAAUUUGUCGAAUCCCUAUCCCAAAGACUGGAAUUAGGCUCCGUCCUCGCCUUUACUAUGAGUGCAUAGAGGCUGGCCUUAUUUCCAAAAGGUUUGAUGAAAGAUUUCAGGAGAAAGAAGAUGUGGACAAUGAAUUGACUGCUGAUGUCCAACGGCUCUAUUCUUUAUUUGAUGUUGCGUUGGAAAAUAACUUGGUUUCUUUAAUUUGUCACUAUGUUACAGAUGUUUGUAUGGAUGAAAGUGCUGUGUCUAGUGAUCCUGUCAUUGCUUUCUUGUUGGAUGAAGUGGUUGUCAAGGAUUGGUGCAAGCGGAUGUUCAAAAACAUCAUAGCAGAACUUCAAGUGAUAUAUAAUCUUGAAGCAGAAGAAAUGAAACGUAGGUUGAGUUUACUUCUUAAACUUUCUGUGCAUUUGGCUGGAAUAUCCAAAGUCCUUGAAGUUCUGGAAUCAUCAUUUAAGGAUAGUCUUUCUGCACGGCUUCAUGACUUGCAGCUCCUUCAAGAGAGCAUUUCAAAGGCAAAACAGCAUAUGGAGGUUAUAGCAUGGUGUAUAAGACAUCACUUUCUGGAGAAUGUGAGGUCUCGUUAUACCAAUUUAUCAUCAUGGCGUUCUGUUGUCCGUGAAAGGAAAUCAACUGCAAUUAAGCGUUCAUGGCCUGAUGUACCAAAUCAAUCUGCUGAGUCCAGUAUGCAGGCUGGUUCUCUGUUCAUUGAAGAUGCUCUGGCCAAUCUUGAGAUAGAGCAGAAUCAUAUGCAAGAAAUGGGAGAAGAGUCAGAACUUGCACCAUUGCAGAAGGAUGGAGGGUUUUUUUCAGACGAAAGUUGGCGACACAUUGUAGAUGACUUUUCAGCUACAUUUGGUAUAACCAGGCAUUCAUUAUUGGAAUCACUUGCUUUCUAUCUUCUGGAUGAUCAUACAGAAGAAGCUCUGCAGGAAGCUUGCAACCUUCUUCCUGAGAUUUCAGGCCCAUCAACUCAUCCUAAGAUUGCUCAAGUGCUAUUAGAAAGGGGGAAUCCUGAAACAGCAUUGAUGGUGUUACGAUGGUCUGGGCAUGAUGGAUCUCAAAUGGUUUCACUUAGUGAUGCUGUUACUGCAGUUCGGGUUAGGGUAGAGUGUGCACUAUUGACUGAAGCAUUCAUGCACCAGAGAAUGCUCUGCACUAAAGUUAGGGAAAAUAAGUUCAAUGCUGGACCACCUCGAGAUGCUUCCGAUGAUCUUAAAGGUGAAUGCAUGGCCUGGAAAAACUGGGUGGACAUACUGGUGACUGAAAUUUGCUGUCUCUGUAUCAAGAACAAUCUGGUAGAUCGAAUGAUAGAGUUGCCAUGGAAUUUGGAUGAAGAGAAAUAUCUCCAUAAGUGUCUCUUGGAUUAUGCUUUAGAUGACCCCUCAACAACUAUUGGAAGUCUUCUUGUUGUAUUUUAUCUUCAGAGUGUGGAGCAGGAGUUCAUUUCAAAGAAUUCUCUCAGUGAAGAAGUAUUAUCCAGAAUGAGAUCAGCUAGUCACCGCAGAGCAGAACUGGUUGUCCAAUCCAUUCAGUUGCUGCCAAAAGUUCAACAGGAACAAGUUAAGACUGGAAAAUUGCUACCUGAGGUCCAUAGGACGUCUGGUGAAGAAGUUGAAAUUCAAGGAGGGGCUGAUCUUUCCAUGGUACAAGAGCCAAAGUUAGGCAGUUUAUUGGUUUCGUUGCCUGCAGAUUCCUCUCUUGUUUCACUGACAAAUCAUAACACUACACUGAAACCAUCAGCUUUUGAAACUCAACAAAGGUUUGGUGCAUCUAUCAAGAAUCCUCACUUGGAAGUGGGUAAAUAUGGCUCCUCAUCAGUUCUCCAUCAAAGGUUAUUUAGCAGUCCAGAAAGAACUCACAAGCUUCAUUUUAAUGUCAACAAUUUGAAAUUUGAUGGGAUCUCAACUCCUGGAAUUCAUCAUGGUAAUCAUAUGAAUACCACUCCAUUAAAAGAGGCCACCAGAACUUUAUUAGAAGUGCUUCCGAAGGGUAACCUGCAUCACAAUCUAUUCGAUGAAGUGUCCCCAGAAAGGGUACAAAAUGGGUUCGCUAAGCAAUUACGAAAUACAAGUCCUCCGUAUUCCCAUAGGAUUACAGCUAAUCCAGUCAUGGCUAUGUUUGGCAGUGAUAAUGGUUUUCCUAAUGAUGGAAAUGAUAGACCUAGGAAUAAGAAUUCUAAAGAUGAUCCAACGCGCAUAGCUUGGAGUGGUAAAGAGGAGUUCGUUGUUGAUGAAACGGAGGUGAAUGAUGGGCUGAGAUGGAGAACUGAUGAAACCAGUGACGAGGAAGAAGAGCAUGUUCCAGAAAGAGAUGCUGGCGUUGGUUCUUAUACAGCAACUGCAAGGAGAGUUAGAAGUGCCUCGAACCUUCUGUGGUCGCUUCUCAUGAUAAGGGAUAAGCAGGAAGCGAAAGAGGUGGCAGAGAAAUGA